CCAAACUUAACCAUCACUUUAAUCCUACACCUCGUUUUUUUAUGAAGAUUUGUUGGAUCAAUAAAUAAAGAGGAAAAGAGGAGAAUGAGAUCCAAUAAUUUCACACAAACAGAAUAAUCCAUAUUAGUUUUAAUACCUUUCAAGGAUGUGUUUGUGUUUACUUCACUUGAAUGCCAGAUGGAUUUUCAAAUUAAAGCACACAUUUUUUACAUUGAUUGUGCUCUAUAGUUCCCCCUUGUGGUUAAAAUUAACCUCACUAUAUUUGCCUCAGCACUGCAUUUACAAAGUUUUAACUAGGAAACACUUAAAUAACGAAAACUUUACGUCAGUAACUUUACUGCAUGCAACAUCCUUACGUGAACUGAAUAUGUUUCGGUGUAGUAAUAUCUGCAGCUGGUAGAUACUGUACAUGUGGUGGAGUUAAAAAGUUUCAUUUAUUUAGUGAGGCAGAAGUUUAAAGUGGUAUAAAGUAGAAAUAUUCGAGUAAAGUAAAAGUACUUUAAAACUGUAUUGUAGUGCUUAGUAACUUUUCACCACUGCUGCACUGAGCAUCACAGCAGUCCCCAGUCAGAGUUUGUCACCUUUAACCUGGUUCACAUUUUCUAGUCCAUGCUUCCUGAUUCACUGUCACCCACCCACAUCGCCAUCUGUUGGACAAACAUAUUAGGUCAGAAAGGUAAGAUCAGUCCACAUAUCUAUGUAUCACUUACAGUAAUGUCAAACAUGUCUCUAAAUCCACUUUUUGGCCACUCACCCAUGUCUGCAGACAAUAUUUAAAGAAAGGUGUCAUUUCCCCAAUCUUAAGUCAUGAAGAAAGAGCAGAAGAGGAAAUGAUUUGCAUCAACAUGGAAAGACCCAUUUUCAUGAAUGUUCACCUUUUUCCUUUCCUGUUUUGACUACAGUUAACACUGGGUUGUGAUAAUGGCUUUAUGGUUAAUAUUUUUAAUAAUAAAAACAAUUAAUUAAAAAUUAAAAAAAUAAUUAAUUGCUCAUCAAACUGAUGUUUUGCAAAAAUCUUUCUAUCUCCUCCGAGAUAUUUCUGCUUUAUUGAGACAGAAACAAAGGUUAGAAUGAGACAAUGGACAGUGGAUAUGUAUGAAAUCAUGUUUGUCUUCUGAAUGACAACCAAACCACCAGUGGGCUAUGAAGCUAAAUGAUGUCCACUUUGUCCGGAUUUAUUUAAUCAUUUGGUUUAACACAUUGGCAGGCAUACAAACAGUCAUGUCUUUCAAACAGUCAUGUCAACAGCCACCUGGUGCAGUAAAGAGAUGAUAAUAAUAAUUAUUAUUAAGAUAAUAAUAAGAUGUGUGGUGACCUGACAUUUAACUGGCAUUGCUCCAUCAGGAUGUGACUUUCAAAAAAUGAGUUUUACAACAUACUGCAAAAAAGAAGAACCACAGGUCACAGCUGGUUUCCCUGUCCCUCAAACCACACAACACUGUGGCCGACAUGUUUCUGCUUUUGAGUUAAUACGAACGAAUACUGUCUAAGAUAAAAAGCGAGGUAAUGGAAGAAGAACUGAAUUACGUGAUGGUAACUUUCAGAUCUAAGGAGCAGCCAAACAACUUGGAAGUAAUCUAUGAUGAGGUGAGGACUGAGAACCAGGCAUUGGAUACACAGCCUGUCAUACAAGAAAAUAAAAAGAAAGCUCCACUGUGUACCCUGUUUCAUCUGGUGGCAGCAGGUUUGGGGAUUAUUUGUGCCAUCUUGGUGUCAGUCGUCAUCGCCCUCAGUAUCCAGUUGAAAACAGUCACAUCAGAGUGGGAGAGACAAAACACUGGUUUGACAGCACAGAAUCUGCAGCUGCAGAAGGAGAGAACAGACUUAGAGAAACAGACAGAGGAACUGACCAGAGAGAGAGACAGACUCAACUGGACCAUCACAGCCAUCCUGGGAUAUGACAACUUUCCAGUGAAUACCCACUGCCCAAAGAAAGGUGAAGAAAAAAAUGUAUGUAAACCUUGUCUGGACAACUGGAUACUUUUUCAAUCAAACUGUUACCUGUUUAUGAAUGAUAAGUACAAUUGGAAGACAUGGAAGAAAAGUCGUGAGGUCUGCAGACAACAGAAUUCAGAUCUGGUGGUGAUCGAAAGCCAGGAGGAACAGGAAUUCGUCAGUAACCAUACUGAGGACUAUAAUGAUGCAAACCAUGGCUAUUGGAUUGGCUUGAACAACAACAAUGUGAAGGAAACGUGGAUGUGGGUAGAUGGAAGCAACAUCACUGUGACGUACUGGAAACCACAACAAUAUAGCUACAUCAUGACUUGUGUUCUAAGUCUAGGACGUGCAGAUCCUCUGGCCAGCUGGCACAAAUCGAGCUGUGAGAUGAAGAACCGCUGGAUCUGUGAAACAAGAGCCUUGAUCAAACCAGACUAAGAAUCAGGCUCAUUAUCAAAUAAGCUUAUUUAACAUUUAAUAAAUAAAAUUAUCUGUCUGCUUGUUUGUUUGUUUGUCUGUCCAUCUGUUUGUUUGUUUUUUACAUAGUGUUCUUCCUGAUAUUUAAAAUUAAAGAUAUUAACACAUUUUCUUACGUCA